UUUGGCUAGUAGCGGUAGCCGUAGCUGUAGCACAACAUCUCUGCUGCUGUUCAUAUGCUAAAUAAGAGGCUCUUGGAGGCACUUUAUCCUGCGUAUCAUUAGUUUCGACGUUGGUAUGGAGCUGUAGGCUGAAUUUAUAAGCAGAGUGUUGAGGAAUGGUCUGACUGCAGCAGCAAAGAUGCUUAGCCGUCUGCAGGAGUUAAAGAAGGAAGAGGAGACUCUCCUCAAAAUCAAAGUCAUGCUACAGGACCAGUUGAACAGGUUGAAGUUUGAAGAAGGGGCCCUGAAGUCUAUUAUUAAUGCUCAAACAGAAGAAGGAGCCUCCCAACGCUCAUCCCCUGAACCUGAGGUUCACAUCAAUCUUGAUGAUGAAAGUGAGAUCAAUCGAACCAAACUCCUACUGAAUGCCGUUGCAGAUUAUGAUAUGGAAGAAGAAGAAGAAGAGGAGGAGGAGGAUGAGGAGGAGGAGGAAGAGGAGGAGGAUGAGGACGAUGACAACGAGCUUGGGUUUUUGCCUGAGGAGGAUGAGGAGGAAGAAUACUGAGAUCCAAAGGUGUCCAUAUUUGCACCACUGAAAAAGAACAUGAACCUGUUAUUUGUUCACCUGUUUUGUAUUAUCAGUGAGGAAGUUUUAUUUAUUUGGGUGGAGUAGGUAGCAGUGUAACAAUGUCUGGUGCUAGCAAUAUCCUCUCCUUUGCUGGAUUUAAGGUGCAUCACCAGGAUUUCAAACCAUGUUAGUCGUGUCAAAUUUUGCAGGAAAUCUGUUGCUAAAAGGCAGUGAGGCAGUGUUAUCAGGUGCUCCCGGCUUUCUAAACGUAUUGUGCAUUUUGAGGGAAUAAGAGCAUCAAUUCACUUGAGAAAUAGUCUGAUGUUGAGAUGUCUGUUGAUGAAAAUGUAUGGCUGGGCCAUAUAAGGAGAUAGUAUGUCUGUGUUGUGUAAGAAAUUAUAACUGUAAGCACAAAAUAAAUGUUUUC